AUGCUCAGAAAUCUCCAUGGCUCUUCCCCGGUGCCACCCGAGGAAGGGAUCCGUUCAUCUGGCGAUUCUCCUCGGCCAAUUUCCAUUCCCUGGUCAUCUUUAUCAAAUUCAGAUACGUCCCGAAGAAUUGGGGAUGACUCAAAGCUGGAUAUUGGACUCAGGGCAAGCAACAUCCUUUCCAGCGAGCUUUGGGCUCUGGCCUGCAACUACGCCGCAAGCCACGUUGGUGGUGAUGAGCAUCCCCCUUGGUCUCCGUACUCUGAGUAUGCCGCGAUUACAUACCAGCAUACAGAGCAUGAAAGCCGCAUGCCAUUGAAAUUUCGACUCCAUGCAAGCCGGUUUCAAGAUCAUUCACCGGCUGAGCUACAAGCACACCGAGACUACUGGGGCCCUUGGCUAUUCUUCCAGCUGAUCUGGCAUGCUGUUCCCUGCAUAUUGAACCAUCCAUUUCUUCUUUCGAUGCGACUUCGGAAUUUUAGGCGGACAAUGCCCCAGUCCUUUUUGCGCAGCUCCUUUGAACAGCUUGCCUUGCACUCAGGCUGGAUACUGCAUUUCCUUGACCUCACCGAGCUCAAGAACUUUGAAGUGUCUGAUCCGACAUUGGGACACUGUGUUGCUGUUGUCGCAACGAUAUACCUCCAACAUAGCUUUGUGGAAGACCAGGCUUUCAGCAGUAAGGCACGUUCGGGGUUUGAAAAGUGUGUCAAAUUCUUACAGGGGAUGGGUCGCAAAUGGCCUCACAUUGAGCGACAGGUACGUUGGUCUUCACAUCCAACAAAUCUUUCUCAUGUCGUGUUAACCUCAAGAAAGGCCCGACAGUUGCAACAAUUGCGAGACAGCAUUUCACCUGGUGGAUUGAUGACCGACAAUAGCGCUGCAACAGGUCCCAACUUCCGCCAAAAAUGGAACGUCAACUUGCAGCUGUUGUGGAAAAUCUUGGUUUAUAGCCACGCAAGCAAGACGAAUGAUGCUACAAGCGAUAUCUUUGGCCCUGGGCUGGCCAAGGACAGCAUCGAGGGACCAUGGCUCUCGUCAAACAACGCCCUUGAAGAACCCGGCUUCUCUUUGAUCGGGUCUGCUGGCAUUUCAGGACACAAAACCGUGGCCUCGGAGUGUGUCACAUAUCCACCUGAGCAGACUCAUGAUCCAAUACAUUCAGACCAAGGACCAGCUCAUACCUCACCCACGAUAGAUCUCCCUGAACUCGACGACCAGCAUUUGGACUUCGAUGGUGAAGAGGCGUUGUUUCUCCAGCUCCAAGAUUAUGGGAGGGCGUUUGAGGACUGGCUGAGUCUUAACCCACAUGAGUUUGAAGACAUGUCUUCUUAUUACUUGCGUUCCACUUGA